AUGUUGAUAUCGUAUACGGCCAUUCUACUUGCCGGGUGUUUCCAGCUUCAAUCCUUUGGAGAGGCAUUGGCAAUAUUCGAGCGUGGCUUGGACAACUCUGAGGCCCAAGAUGAAGCACUACAUUCUACGAACGUGACGGAUGAUGCGUCGAGCGUCUAUGCCAAGCGAGCCGUCACUGACAUACUUUACCAGAACGGGGCCAGUCCUGAGAUGAAGUUCGUCUCAACCCCUGAAGGUUAUCAGGCAUGGCAUAUGGAAGACUACGCAUUCCAGGCUGGUGCGGGCUCAGGAGUGACUGUAUAUGUACACGAUUCCGGUAUCAACAUUGAUCACGAUGAGUUCACAUGGGAUGCGCCUCCUGGUGUGACAAAAGGGACUGUCUCAUGGCUGUAUCCAACACUUGGACUCUUGAAGAAGCGACCUAAACCGAUAUCAGAUCCAAUAGGACACGGUACAUGUGUUGCGGACAAAAUUGUGGGUCAAGCCUUUGGUAUUGCUAAGGGGGCUAAUCUCAAGAUGGUUCCUUUUGUUGAUAUAAGUGACUCUGGUUGGAUGGAAGCCGGCCUGGAAAUUAUCAUCAAGGAUAUCAAAGCAGGAAGAAAAAACGAUAAAGACUAUCAGGCAGUUGUGAACCUCAGUUACCAAUACUCAGCAAACAUGGGUCAAAAAGAGCUAGACGGCUACCGAAAGCGGAUUAAACAGCUAGUUGAGUUAGAUGCUGUUAUCGUCAUUGCUGCAGGGAAUAGUGGACAGCAUGGGAAAACUUCCGUGAACCGUUACCCGGCCCUUUUUGCUCUAGAGUUUCCUGAUAUCAUUGUGGUUGGGUCGGUCGAUAUUGAUGGUCUUCCAUCGAAGUUUACACAAGGUGGUUCUUUGGUUAAAAUUUCAGCUCCAGGAACUGUCAGCUCCGCUGCAGGAUCAAGCUCUCAAGGGUUUGGAAUUCAGUGUGCAUCUUCCACCGACAAUUCAGACAUUGUACGCAAGGAAGGUACCUCAUUCUCUGCACCAACUGUUGCCGGUCUUGCGGCAUACCUCUUAUCAAUCCAACCCGCACUGCGACAUACGGGGCAAGUGGCCCAAAGGGUGAAGGCCAAAAUUAUUAGUUUGGGGUAUACGCGUAGAUCUGGCGGCUUGCACAGUAUUUGGAACGGGUUGUCAGGACAAAUCAACUGCUAG